AAACAGCCUGUUUGCCCUUAUCGUCACAUUGUAUACCUCGAUACUUCUAUCCAUGACGAGCAGAUUGCCUUAUCUUAUCAAUCCCGCAUCACCCCGGAUCAACGACUUUCACCAUGAGCAACGAACAAACCUCGAAGGCCCACUCGAACCAGAACGCGGUUCGGGUGGAACCCAUCACAGCUGCAGAAGACUUUGAUCGAUUCUUCGAGAUUACCGCACUCGCUUUCGGUCAUCAGGUCAAAGAUGGUGUCUGGUGUGCCAUGAACCCGGGCUGGGAUACCCCCGAGGGGCAAAAGAGUGGAAGCUCCCGUCUCGCCGCCCGAUGGUCCUCCACCACAACCGAUCGAUAUAGCCGUCCAAAUGCCAUUUUCUUGAAGGCUGUUGUCCCCAGUCAGGGAGCCACAGAGGGCGACGAAGAGAUCGCGGGAGUAGCCGUCUGGGUUCAAGCGUCCCAGCUAGAAGGUCACGGGGACGCCCCUGCGACCGAUAUCGGCAGCACGAUGGACUUGGAGGCACUGUUCCCUGGAAAUCCGGCAGAGCAAAGGUAUCUACGCCAGGUGGACCUUUCACUUCGUCGGCGUCGGAUCGAGUUUGUUCGGGAGAUUGCGACAACUUCCUCACCAGCGGUUAUGGUUCUGGAUCUCUGCGCCGUUGACCCUGCCUUUCAGCGGCGCGGGGUUGCUACCAAAUUGGUGGAAUGGGGGCUUCAGGAAGCGCGACAGCGCGGUGGAAUUGAAGCUAUUCUCGAAGCAUCCAGCAUGGGACGUCAUGUUUACCGGAAACUUGGAUUCGAACAAGACGGAGGUGAAUUUCGCUAUGAUGUGGAUGACGAAUUUCGCGACCGUGAGCGGCCCUCGAAUGUGUUUAUGCGUACCGGCAGACCGGCAAUGUGAGAAGAUUGAAG